CUGACGUCAGACUAGAGGCUGGACCGUCAUGGCGGCUGUCAUGAGAUUUGUCAACAGAAGCGCUUUCGGUCCGGCAAUGGGUCAGCAGUACGUGGCGUUUAGCUCAGCAGCAAAGGUCGGUGCGGCUGGAGUAAGAGCAGGCCAAGCUCUUCCGGAGAAGGUGAAGAUAGUGGAGGUGGGACCCAGAGAUGGGCUUCAGAAUGAAAAGACUAUCGUGCCAACGGAGACUAAAAUCCAUUUGAUCGACAUGUUGUCAGCGUCGGGGCUGUCGGUCAUUGAGGCCACCAGCUUUGUAUCACCCAAAUGGGUUCCACAGAUGGCAGACCAGGUGGAGGUGAUGAAGGGGAUCGGUAGGAAACCUGGAGUGUCUUACCCGGUCCUCACCCCCAACCUCAAGGGUUUCCAGGCGGCUGUGAAGGCAGGCGCAUCAGAGGUAGCCAUAUUUGGUGCCGCAUCUGAGCUGUUCAGUAAGAAGAACAUAAACUGCUCAGUGGAAGAGAGUUUACAGCGCUUUGACGAGGUUAUGAGAACAGCUAAAGAGGCCGGCGUGCCAGUUAGAGGUUAUGUGUCAUGUGUUCUUGGAUGUCCGUAUGAAGGCAAGGUGGCACCUGAAAAAGUUGCACAUGUAGCUAAGCGACUGUACUCCAUGGGCUGCUAUGAGAUCUCUCUGGGUGACACUAUUGGAGUCGGGACCCCAGGCAGCAUGAGCAAAAUGCUGGAGGUGGUGAGCAGAGAGGUGCCAGUUAAUGCCUUGGCCGUGCACUGCCACGAUACCUACGGCCAGGCCCUGGCUAACAUCCUCGUAGCCCUACAGAUGGGAAUCAGUGUGGUAGACUCGUCAGUAGCUGGGCUGGGCGGCUGUCCCUAUGCCCAUGGGGCCUCUGGAAAUGUUGCGACUGAAGAUGUAGUCUAUAUGCUGCAUGGACUCGGGAUUCAAACAGGAGUGGACCUCCCAAAGCUGAUGGACGCUGGAGCUUUCAUCUGUCGAACCCUCAACAGAAAGAGCAACUCCAAAGUGGCGCAGGCUACCUGCAAGCUAUAGACAAAACCCAAACCCAGGGUUCUUUUCCACAGUACUUCCACUGCAACACAAGCAUGUGACCUGGAGCCAUCGUCCUCUGUAUGUGCAGUUCUCCCUAUUCUCAUUUUAGUUUGAUUCUUCCUCUCCCUGGUGUGAGAACAUAAGAUUUAGAUGGUACUGAACUCCUGUUUGAAUAAAAUAUCAGAUUAAAUAUUCACCACACGAUGGAAUAGCUGUGCCUUAUGUAAAGUCAGUCUAAUCAUACAGAUGAUACUUAUUAAAAAACAUGCCUUCACUGAUUCUUUAAUAGUGUGCUGACAUUCCUUUCUGGCACAGACUUUGUUUAUUUUAGUAAAUGGACAAGUGAAAAUAAUGUCUUUGUAACAGAAAGUCACUUUUGAUGUAAGAAAAGACAGAUUUGUUAUGACUUCUAUUAUCCUCUGUGUGCAGUAAUCACUCAUCAAAUGAAUCAUCUAUCUACGGAGCAACUAUGGAAAUUGGUCCUUAUGAACUUGGGCAUUGUACUGGUUGUGUAUUUAUUUUAAAUUGCCUCUCUUUAAAUUUAAUGUGUACAUAUCCAACUAGAUUGUGAAUUUUAAAAAAUAAAUAAUAUUUUAUAAAUCAAAUGUGUGCCUGAUCUAAAGUUGACAGCGUUGUGAUGAAUGUACAAGCUCUGAAACAUAGUUUGGUGUAACAUAAAUGGCUUAACAGUGAAUAAAGAAAGAUUAUUACUAAUA